AUGAGCCAUGCGCUGCGCAAGCGCCUGUUUGCCGAUCCGCAGCUGCACGGAACGACAAAGGCACACGGAGCACCGUAUGAGCCGGCCUAUGUACAGUACCUCUUGGUAUUUUCGCCGUUGCUCACUGCCAACUUGCACGCCGAGGACCCAGCCAAGCUUGCGGACCAGAUUCUGUACUAUACCAGCAUGGAAAGUGCAGUACCGCAAGCCAAGCUUGUGCGCCAGGUCGCACUUGCGAAUGCAUUUGCGGAUUUUGCCACUUGGAUGCACGGCCAGCAGUAUCACACGACCGAUACUGGGCUUCGCAGCCUUGCGAUUGGGUCGCAGCACCGGCGCCUGGUGCUGGUCGAGGUUGCACAGGAUAUGUGGAUGCAUGCAUGCAUUGCCCUGGCCGCAUGGAAGCCAUACGGCGAGCACAGGCCGGCUCCAUGGCUCGAGGACUGCUGGGCACAGGAGCAAUUGCGCGCAGCUUGGACCGCUUGGCGUCUAGCGAACGGCGAUCCAGAUACGAUUAUGGAGGACAAAGGACGCUCUGCGCUAGAGCAGAGCCUCGAGCAGUUUCUGAGCAAAUGGGUGUGGCGAUGGGACGUAGAGCACCAGUGGGCACCGGCGUUGCCAGCGGCGCCGUCAGCGCCGCGCGUUGGAAUGGUGCUGGAAACCAUGCCGGCGCUUUCUGCAUGCACAGACUGCAGUGCGGGUCGGCUGAGUGAGGCGGUCGGCUUGUUCAAGCAAGAGACAGUCGCCAUGGUUGCACAGGGAGACAUGCCGCACGUCAUGCUUCUUCACGACGACGAGCUGCUGUACCCACAGCCGCACACGGUCUCUACGCAAUGCGCACAGAAAGAAGCUCAAAACCGUCACGAUAUUGUGCGGUACGUUUUGCAGCAUCUUUUGCACAUGGACGAAGCGCGCGCUUGUGCCGACGCUGCGCGCGAAAAGCAACGCGAGGAAUCCGCACCCAAGGCCGUGCGCAGUGAAUUGGCCGAGUUUGCCGCUGGGCUGCUCCCCGGCGUAUCAGACAUGUUUUCUACGCAUGCGCGCUGGCUUACUAUGGACCCCAUCUUGCAGCCGCCGGAAGUAAUGCUCGAGCGGGACGGCGCGCGCGCGCCGUCGCCAUCGCUCGACAUUGAAGAAGACAUGCGCGCGGACGGGAACUUGAGAGAAGCGCUGUUGGACGCGCCUCCGGAUCCAUGCGAUGUGCACGCUACCUCUGCGCAGUUCUCCGAGUCGCUGCACGAGCCGCUGAACCAAUUCACGACACAUGCGCCAUUUCAAGCAUUCCACGAGCAGCUCUCGCACGCGCUCGAUAUGGACCAAGGCCCGCCAGAAGUGCCGAGCGUGCAACAGGGUGUAUGCGCAUUGGAUGCAGCAUCGCAAGCAGCACGUCUUGCGGACGCACGGCGCACCUUGCCCAAAGUGCCGGCGGCGCAUGCCACGGAAGAGAAGGCGGAAAAAGACGCAUCUGCUGCGCCAUGGCACAUGGCGCCAGUGCAGCACGUACACCACACCGGUGAUCCAGCCUUGGAUGCUGAAGAGGCGCCCGAGAAGUGGCACGAAGCCACAUUGUACGUUACCGGCGAGCACGACGCUUUGCAGCCCGUGCACAUUGUCUAUACUACCCGCCAGCUGCUUACCGUCGUGCUUGUUUUUUCGCACAACGCGUCGCGCGACGCAUGGCUUUUGCCGAGCUGGCGUCUGUUGCAGCGUGUACAGGACAUUGUGCAGGAUACGCAGUGUGCAGAGGCAGCGCCUCAAUACCUGCAUGUGGACCGAGCAUCGCGCACCGCUCAAAAUAACCUUGCGUUACUGCAGGGAGGCGAGCAUAGGACACAGGCAUCUAUUGAGUCGCAAUUGCUCGACGCCGAUAGGCUGAUGGUUUCCCACGGCGUCAAGGAGGUGCUGGCGCGGAGCAACGACAGCGCUUUUUGGGUCGCAGCGCGUGUUUCCACAGACGAGGCCGCACACACGUUCCUGGUAUUGCAAGGCAAUGCACAGCGCAGUUACGGGAUUUCAGAGUGCGAUCAGCAAAUGCGGCGGCUUGCCUCGGAGCAUAGCGAGUUCAAUCUGUAG